GGCUCUGGUACAUUCCUUCCCUUUUCCAAUCCCUCUCUCCCUGACAAUGUCGACCUUGCUGCACGCCACGCUGGUCUGGUCGAAGUCACCAUGACCAGUCCGUCGUCCGAUAAAUCCUGUACGUAUCGGAGCGCGAGAGAACAUGCUUACGUUGUCCUAGCUGCAUGCGACCAGCACCAGAUCGCGCACGAAGUGAGAGACGCAGAUGGUAAGCUGCGCGGGGCCUUCACGCUCGCGCUCUUUCGAGCGCUGCGCGAUUCGGAGGACGGGAGAAAGAGCUAUCACACGAUCAUUUCAAACCUUAAGCUAGUAAGACCCUCGGUGACUGGGCAACAGCCGGAGUGCAGGGGGAUGGACAGGUUCAAGAGGGCUUUCAUGCACUACGCUGUGCAUGAGGACCUCUCGUCGAACUCGCAGGAGAUGGAGAAUGGGCGACUUGGAGCCAGGCGGCAGCGACUCCCGGAGUCCACUCCAGCGCUGCCGCGCCUCCGUCGCCUCCAAACGAGCGAUGCACACAUGCGUCUGCCCAUCUCCGAGUCGAUGGCGGCGGUCAAGUAACCUGCCUGCGUAAGUCUAGGCUGAGACAAUAGGGGAGCUCAGACUGAACGGGCAAGGGUACGGGUACGGGCAAGGG